CCUGAUUCGAACUUCCAUGCGCUGACUAUACUAUAGUCAGUAUACUUAACGGUGCAAUGCAGUAUACAUAACAACGCAACAGGUUUGCCUAGAGAUAUAUGGUGCAUUAUUUAUUGGUACAGAACUAACAUGCAUAUCAGUGACAUUAGUCAGCGUUAUAUACAUAACCAGCCUGUAGGUUAAUUAGUAAUAUUCAUAACUGCUGCCUGCGACUGCAUUUUCAACCUCCGCCAUUUUUAAUAACAGCGACCAUUGUGAUCACGUUCACGGGUUAUUGGUCAAAGGUCGUUUAACCUUGUCCUGUUGCGGCUAAAACGUGAAAACUCACCCCAGAUUGCUUGAGUUGACGUGCACUAGAGUAAAAAUAGAGCUCUGAAAUACGUUGUCUACGUUUUAUAAGCUGGAUAGCAGUCAUGCUACCUGUUAUUGUGGUUCAUGGGGGAGCUGGGCUGGUAGGGGCUGAGCGAUUAGAAGGAUCCUGCCGUGGUGUGCAAGAAGCUGCGCUUGCUGCAUAUCGCAUCCUCCAGCAGGGGGGCAGUGCUUUGGAUGCUGUGGAAGAGGCUGUUGUGAAAAUGGAGGAUAAUCCAAUGUAUAAUGCAGGCUGUGGAUCUGUCCUGAAUGAAUUAGGGGAGGUAGAAAUGGAUGCUAUCAUCAUGGAUGGGAAAACACUGGCGAGUGGAGCAGUAUCUGCUGUCAGGGGGAUUGCAAACCCAAUCAAACUGUCUCGUCUUGUCAUGGAAAAGACACAACAUUUGUGUCUGACUGCUGAAGGGGCUUCUAGGUUUGCAAAAGCAAUGGGUGUACCAGAAGUGGAAGAGGAGUCUUUAAAAACAGAUUACUCCAGAAAGAGAUGGGUGGAGAACUUGGCACCUGGAUCCAAUCCUGUGGAAAGUCAGAUGUAUGGAAAGUCUGUCUCUGUUUCUUUUUUAAAUCAAAAUAGGGGUAAAAUGGGGACAGUUGGUGCUGUUGCCAUAGAUUCUCAAGGCAAUGUGGCCAGUGCGACCUCUACUGGUGGGAUGCUAAACAAAAUGGCUGGUCGUGUCGGUGAUACACCCUGCGUAGGGUGUGGUGCCUAUGCUGACAACCUGUUUGGUGCAGCCUCCCCCACUGGACACGGGGAGGCGAUCAUGAAGGUGACUUUGUGCAGACUCAUCCUGUUUCACAUGGAGCAAGGAAUGUCACCAGAAAAGGCUGCGGACACCGCGCUCGAAUACAUGAAGACAAGAGUACAGGGCAUUGGAGGAGUUAUAGUAGUUAACAGCUCUGGUGACUGGGUAGCAAGAUUUACCAGCGAAAAGAUGCCUUGGGCAGCAGUAAAGAAUGACCAGCUCCAUUAUGGAUUUUACAAAGGAGAAUCAUUCACUUUGCCAGUUAGCAGCAUUUAGUUGCCUCCUUGACAGUUAAGUGAUUUUCAAUAGGGGGAAAAUACUGGUGCUUUUUAGAAAAUAGGAACAUCCCAAUUUAAGUAUAUUUUUUAAACAUAAAUACUUUAAAGAGAUGCACAUGCAUUUUAAUGUCUUAUUUUCAGAAGCUUGAAACAAAAAGGGCACUAUUUUAAUCUUGUAAUCAAUGGUGAUAUUCAGAUCAGCUACAUUUUAGAUCAGGUGAAAAGAUCUCGCUGUAUUUAGCUUUGCAAAGUUGCCAAAAUGUCUACUAUUUCUUCCAAAUUAUAGUUUAUAAUAUUUUCACUUUUUACAAUGUCUGUAUUGUUAAACUUGUCUUUGCAGAAGCGCUCACAGUGUUCCAGAACCUCCUGGAGUGUUUACAAGAAACAUGUUACUUUUACCUUUGCUGUAUUCCAUGUUGUCCAUAUCACAGUAUACUUUGGAUAUUUCUUAUUUUUUCAAUGACACGGCCAUGGGUAAAUUAACUAGGGAAUUACUUUUUUUUUUUUUUUUUUUUUCAACUUUUCCUCAGGAACGUUUGCCAGUAGAGAGUUUUUUUUUUUCUUCUAAACAUUGCAUCCAGUUCAUGCUCUCUCCUGCAACAAUGCUGGUGCCGUGAUUUCUAAUGUUGCAGGAGGGAGCGUGAUCGGGAUAUAUUGCUAUUCUUGGAAGACUGAAGGAGAUGUUUUAAAUCUCUAAAGCUAAGGUUUACAAUUUUAGAAAAGCAAACUAUGAAGGUAUGAAACAGAGACUAACAGAAGUAGAUU